UCUCUCUCUCAUGUAAAUAAGUUUCAUAGUUCUCACCACAUGCAUAUCUCACACACAAAAUGGGACAUGGGUUUCGCAUCUUUUGCUAUUUUGCAUAUUUCCUUUUCCAGUUUGUGGUAUCACAUUUUGAGCUAUCAUCUUGUGUGAUACUAGUAGAGCAGCUGAACAAGGCAAGAAGACCAGGAGCACAAUUAGCAAGAUCAAACGGCUGUGAGUUGUUCCAAGGAAAUUGGGUCUACGAUGACACGUACCCUCUCUAUAACUCGUCCACGUGUCCGUUCAUCGAGCAACAGUUUGACUGCCAAGGAAAUGGACGGCCGGAUAAGCUCUAUCUCAAGUACAGAUGGAAACCUACAGCCUGUGAAUUGCCAAGAUUCCAUGGGCAGGAAUUCUUGAGGAGGUUUAAUGGGAAGAAAAUAAUGUUCGUAGGGGACUCUCUUAGCCUCAAUCAAUGGGAAUCACUAAAAUGCAUGUUACAUGACGCAGUUCCCAAAUCAAACUUCUUUGUUGGGCGGAAAGAGGGCGUCUCCACGUUUACCUUGACGGAGUAUAACGUCUCAGUGAUAUUAUCCCGUAAUGCAUUUCUGGUUGAUCUGGUAGAGGAAAAGAUAGGAAGAGUGUUAAAGCUUGACUCCAUCACAAAUGGAGAUUCAUGGAAAGGGGUGGACAUGCUCAUCUUUAAUACCUGGCACUGGUGGCUCCACAAGGGAAGUAAACAACCGUGGGAUUACAUUGAAGAAGGGAACACAACAUACAAAGACAUGGAUCGUUUGGUUGCCUUCAAGAAGGGAUUAACAACAUGGACAAAUUGGGUGGACUCCAACAUUAAUCCUUCCACCACAAAAGUGUUCUUCCAAGGCAUUUCACCCACCCAUUACGAUGGCAAGGAGUGGAACCAGUCCAAGUCAACGUGCGAAGGGCAAAACCAACCGCUGAGCGGCCCAUCCUACCCCGGUGGAAGGCCAGCGGCGGCAGCGGUGGUGAAGGAAGUGCUGGGGAAAAUGUCGAGUCCGGUCACUUUGCUGGACGUAACAACUCUAUCGCAGCUGAGAAAAGAUGGGCACCCAUCUGUUUAUGGAAGUGGUGGUGAGAAGGGAAAUGACUGCAGCCAUUGGUGCCUUGGUGGUGUUCCUGAUACUUGGAACCAGCUCUUGUAUGCAAUUCUUGUUCCUAGUACUGGAGUUCGAAAAAAUCCUAGUUAAUAUGUGACCUAAUUAAGGACUAAAUUAAAUAAAGAAGAAAUGUCUAAUUGUUUAUGUACUA